AUGUAUGAGUAUCUGGUCUUAGCUCGAGAGAAGGAAGACUAUAAACCACAAGAAAUUGAAAGGCAAGAGAAGGAAGACUAUGAACCACAAGAAAUUAAAAGGCAAGAGAAGGAAGACUAUGAAUCACAAGAAAUUAAAAGGCAAGAGAAGGAAGACUAUGAACCACAAGAAAUUAAAAGGCAAGAGAAGGAAGACUAUGAACCACAAGAAAUUAAAAGGCAAGAGAAGGAAGACUAUAAACCACAAGAAAUUAAAAGGCAAGAGAAGGAAGACUAUAAACCACAAGAAAUUAAAAGGCAAGAGAAGGAAGACUAUAAACCACAAGAAAUUAAAAGGCAAGAGAAGGAAGACUAUAAACCACAAGAAAUUAAAAGGCGAGAGAAGGAAGACUAUGAACCACAAGAAAUUAAAAGGCAAGAGAAGGAAGACUAUAAACCACAAGAAAUUAAAAGGCAAGAGAAGGAAGACUAUAAACCACAAGAAAUUAAAAGGCAAGAGAAGGAAGACUAUGAAUCACAAGAAAUUAAAAGAAAUUAA